ACCUGUUCUCAGACGUUGCUGAGAAGUCACAGCGGCCGCACAUCGUCGCGGCUAGGAUUCUCUCAUUCCAGCAGGCACCGAAUUCGCGAUGCGGCCGACCACGUGGUUAGCGAUUUUCUCGGCGGUGGCGCUGGCGUCUGCUCCCACGGAAGCGGCCAACAUCCUGGCUGCUACGUCCUUCCCCGGCCGCAGCCACUUCAUCAUGUUUCGCCGCCUCUUCAAGGCGCUGGCCUCCAGAGGCCACAACGUCACUGUCGUCGGCCAUUACCCCCUGGACUCUCCGGUCGAGAACUACACCGACAUAAGCUUCAAAGGAGACGUCCCAGAAGCUGACAAUAAUAUGCCCUCGGCCGUCAUCGACCUGCUGCGGAUGCCGUUCCUGGGGCCCGUCUUCCUGAAGAACAUCAACCGGCAGCUGUGCGCCAAGGUGUACGACCUGCCCCAGAUGCGGCGGUUGGCCAGCUCUGGGUCGCGGUUCGACCUCGUCAUCUCGGAGGACUUCGUCCACGACUGCAUGGCGGCGCUGGCGCACAAGUUCCGAGCGCCGCUGGUCGCCAUCAGCUCCAGCAUGGCCCUCAACGGCGCGCACGACAGGGUGGGCAACCCCGACCACCCUGCCUACACGGAGCAGUGCCUGGUGCCCCUGAAGGCGCCGUUCAGCUUCUGGGAGCGGGUGUACAGCACGGUGAUGCACGUGUACGUGAGGGCCGUCGAUUGGCUGAUGUCGGGCGGUUACGUCGACCAGAAGCUGCGCGAGGUGCUGGGAGAGGACACGCCGCCGCUGGAGCAGAUCAUCCGCAACACCAGCCUGGUGCUGGUCAACAGCCACUGGAGCGUCGACCAGCCCGUCCCCAGCGUGCCGGCCUUCGUAGAGGUCGGCGGGCUCCACGUAGAGGACCCCAAGCCCCUGCCGCAGGAUCUAAAGAGUUUUCUGGAUAAUAGUCCUCAGGGAGUGAUCUACUUCAGCUUCGGUUCCCUGGUGCAGCCUGACGAUUUGCCAGAGGAGAAGUUUAAAGCAAUUCUCGACGCUUUGGCGUCGGUGCCGCAGAACGUCCUCUGGAAAGUCGACCCAGCUGCUCUGCCGCACCUGCCACGCAACGUGCGGGCUCAGAAGUGGAUGCCUCAGAACGACGUCCUCUAUCACCCGAACGUGCGCGUGUUUAUAACGCACGGCGGACUGCUGGGGACGCAGGAGGGCAUAAUGGCGGGCGUGCCGCUGCUCGUCGUUCCGCUGUUUUCCGACCAGGAGCUGAACGGGGUGAGGGUGGCGGCUGCGGGCAACGGCGUCCGCGUCCGCUACGAGGACCUCACGUACCAGGCACUGCGGAGCGCCAUCGAUACGCUGGUCAACGAUACCAGGUACAGCGAGCGGGCGAAGCAGCUGUCUUCGCUGUACAGGGACCGCCCCCGGCCGCCACUGGAGGAAGCUGUCUACUGGGUGGAGUACGUGCUUCGCCACAAGGGCGCCCCGCACCUCCGCUCCGCCGCUCUCGAUCUCGCCUGGUACCAGUACCUGCUCCUAGAUAUCGCGGCCUUCGUCGUAGCAGCGGCAUCUCUCCCACUACUGGCGCUGUACAUUAUCGUCCGGAAAGUGGUCCCAUCACACAAGAACGAUAAGAAAGUGAAGAAGCAGUGAAUGCACGCUCAGGGAUCGCACUCGUCAAGAUUUCUGCGUUUGUCGCAGUCGGAGGAUUACUGACGAGUUUGGGAAUGCCAGUAAACUUUGUAAACGUGAGCAUUCUUUGUGUAAAAAUGUACACCCGUGACCUGCAUACGAGUUAGCCUGUUUCGUAGAGGCGUCGGCUAUCGCUUCUUUUUGUGUUAGAGAGAAACUACCAGCAAAGUGAACUGAAGGCCUUCCGACCCUGGGAACGCCGUCGCGUUUACUCUUUAGAACAGGGCCGGCCAAACGCUGCACAGUGUGCAGACGUGCGGAAGUGCUGCACAUGUGCGCACGUGUGCGACAGCGACAUCUGUUAUUAUACAUGUGUCCUAAGCGAACGGCGGCGGCUCCACUUCCCUCUUUAUGUGGUACAAGCAAGAGUGCAACAUACCCAGUCUCGUUUAACCCUGGUAACCGUAACCUUAACAGGGAAGUACUGAGAAAUGGCAGGUACUGUGAAAAAGCAAAGGGCGGGAGAUCUACGUUCUCAGUCGUUUAAAAAUGACUGGGAACUGCAACUUUUUUUCGUUGAAACUCACAACUAUGCGGCCGAAUAAUAGGCGGCCAGAGUAAGUUUUCAAUUGAAAGACACUACAAUACAAAUCACAAAAACGAGUGUAGUGUACUCACCAGUGAAGAACGGCAAGCAAAAUUAAAUGUCCUUAAGAAAAUGGAUGAGACACAUCAACUCGGUUAUCAUUUCUCAUGACCAAUGAUAAAGGUGUUUGGAUUUAUUCCUUCCAUAAUUAAAAAUUAUUGUUUACUAACUGUGCAUUAUUGCCUCAUUCUGCUCCAUGUUACAUUAUUAUCAGGAAAGUUGGUCAUUAAACCGAUUGUUCCAAUGUAUACUUA